UGCAAUGCAGUUGUUCUGCAUUUUUUCAGACCGCAAUCACUCUAAAUCAUCUGAAGCAUUUUUUUUUUUUUUUUUUUUUUUCAGUUGGAACUGUUUCAGAAGACUUAAGAUCACAAGCAACAAAGAGCACUGGAUAGGAUAUUCACCUACGAACAAUUAACAUCAAACACAACUUCUGAAUGAUGGAGGCAGAGGGCACUGCACAACAUCCAGAACCCAGUGGGGUGUCUAUGAAGAGUGACAAAUCCAAGGAUUAUCCCCUUCGUUUCAGAAAGUGGGAUCAGUUGAAUAAAUCCAGACCAUCAGAAGACUUUGAUUGUCCUCAGUGUGAAAGAAGAUCCAGAACUGAAUAUUCCACACAUGCAGCCCUGCAGAAGGAGGAGCAGAAACCAGUGCAUGAUGAACUACAAAGGGUCAAAGAGCAGCACAAAAUCAGCAUGACGAACAAGUAUGAGAGCUUAUUUGAGGGAAAUAGACAACAAGAGAAUCAAACCCUCCUAAACAGGGUCUACACACAGCUCUACAUCAUAGAGGGAGAAAGUGAAGGGUUGAAUGAAGAACAUGAGGUUUUACAGAUAGAGAAAAGACCCAAAACAAAACACUCACAAGACACUCCAAUCAACUGUAAUGACUUCUUUAAAUCUUUCCCUGAACCAGGAUGUGAGGAGAAAGUCAAAAUCAAGGCUGUUCUUACUAAAGGCAUUGCUGGAAUUGGAAAAACCGUCUCUGUGCAAAAGUUCAUUCUUGACUGGGCCGAGGGAAAAGCCAAUCAGGAUGUUGACUUCAUGUUUGUGUUUCCAUUUCGGGAGCUGAACCUGAUUCAAGAUCAUAAGUACUGUCUUCACAGACUUCUGCUGGACUUUCAUCCUGAACUUCAAGAUCUGGACUCAAAGGUUUAUGAGGAGUGUAAAGUUGUUUUCAUCUUUGAUGGUCUGGAUGAAAGCAGAAUAAAACUUAUUUUUUUAGACAGUAAGAAAGGUUGUGAUAAGAAUGGGUCUUCAUCAGCAGGUGUGUUGAUGUCAAACCUCAUGAAAGGAGAGCUGCUUCCCUCUGCUCUCAUCUGGAUCACCUCCAGGCCAGCAGCAGCCAACCAGAUUCCAUUCAAAUACAUAAACCGUGUGACAGAAAUUCAGGGUUUCAAUGACCCUCAGAAGGAAGAAUAUUUCAGGAAGAGAAUCAGUGAUGAGCAUCAAGCCAACAGGAUCAUCUCACAUAUUAAAAGAGCAAGAAGCCUUCACAUCAUGUGUCACAUACCUGUCUUUUCCUGGAUCUCAUUGACUGUGCUUCAAAACCUCCUAAAACAAGAUGACAGUGCAGAAAUCCCUCAAACUAUGACUGAAAUGUACAUCUACCUUUUGCUCAUUCAAAUCAACAUGAGGAAUCAGAAGUAUGAAAAUGGAGAUCCAGAGGAGUCCAGCAGAGAAGUGAUUGUGAAACUUGCUGAAGUGGCUUUUAAACAGCUAAUUAAAGGCAAUGUGAUGUUCUAUGAGGAGGACCUGAAGGAGAGUGGCAUAGACAUCACAGACGCUGCAGUGUACUCUGGGAUUUGCACUGUGAUCUUUAAAGAGGAAUCUGUGAUUCAUCAAAGGAAAGUCUACAGCUUCAUCCAUUUGAGCUUUCAGGAAUUUCUUGCUGCUUUCUAUGUGUUUUACCAUUAUGUAAUAAGACAUACUGACACAUUGAAGUUCUUUGAUAUAGGUCAUAAUCUGCAUAAAGAAACAGUCAAUAAAGCCAUUGGGAGUAAAAAAGGACACCUGGAUCUUCUUCUGCGGUUUCUACUGGGCAUCUCACUGGAGUCCAAUCAGAGACUCUUACAGAAUCUACUGACACACACAGAGAACAGCUCAGAAAGCAUCAGUAAAACCACACAGUACAUUAAAGAGAGGAUCAAAAAUGGACAUGAACUCUCCACUGAAAAAUCAAUCAAUCUGUUCCUCUGUCUGUUGGAAGUGAAAGAUAAGAUUCUGUCCAGAGAGAUUCAGGAGUUUGUGAAAUCAGACAAACAAUCAGAGAAGAAACUCUCUCCUGCUCACUGCUCGGCAAUUGCCUAUAUGCUUCAGAUGUCAGAGGAGGUGCUGGAUGAGCUGGAUCUCAAGAAUUACAACACAUCAGAUGAGGGCAGAAGAAGACUGAUACCAGCUGUGAUCAACUGUAGAAUAGCUCUUCUUGCUGGCUCUAAUCUCACUGGUCAGACCUGUGAAAUUGUGUCAUCAACUCUACAAUCCUUAAACUCUGUCCUGAGAGAGCUGGACCUGAGUAACAAUGACCUCAAGGAUUCAGGAGUCAAGGUCCUAUCUGAUGGGCUGAAGAGUCAAAACUGUCAGCUGGAGAUACUGAGGUUGUCUGGCUGUAUGGUGACAGAGGAAGGCUGUCAUUAUCUGUCUUCAGGUUUGAGUUUAAACCCCUCACACCUGAGAGAGCUGGAUCUGAGCUACAAUCACCCAAGACAAACAGGAGUCCAGCUGCUCUCUGACAAGCUAAGCGAUGCAAACUGUUCACUGCAGAUACUAAAUUUGGACCAUGGAGAACAUUUUAGAAUCACAGCAGGACUGAGAAAAUAUGCUUGUGAUCUCAUGCUGGAUCCAAAUACAGUACACACUCGUCUCAUUCUGUCUGAAGACAACAGAAAUGUGACACAUGAGGAAGAGGAACAGUCAUAUCCAGAUCAUCCAGAGAGAUUUGAAAACUGUCAUCAGGUUUUGUGUGGAGAGAGUCUGAUUGGACGCUGUUACUGGGAGGUCGAACGGAGUGGAAGAGGGGCUGAUAUAGCAGUGACAUAUAAAGGAAUCAACAGAAAAGGAGGGAGUCGUGACUGCUGGUUUGGAUACAAUGACAAAUCUUGGAGUCUGUACUGGUCUGAUAAUGAAUUCAGUGUCUGGCACAAUAAUGUGAGCAAUAACAUACCGGUUCCUUCAUGUUCCUUUAACAGAAUAGGGGUGUAUCUGGACUGCACGGCCGGCACUCUGUCUUUCUACAGUGUCUCUGACACACAAACACUCACACACUUACACACAUUCAACACCACAUUCACUGAACCCCUGUGCGCUGGAUUUCGAGUUUAUGAUGCCUCAAUGUCUCUGAUUAAACCUACUGUAAAAAACACAUGAGACGUCAUAAAAAAACGGUCCCGUUUCUAAUAGGUUACAACGUUUUAUUUAUUUGUAUUAUUUUUUCUCUCACUCUUUUUCUUACAUUGAACAAUGUAUGCAUGUAUAUGUUCAGGGCCCCAUUAAAUCAAAAUUUAGAUUUAGUUGCUUUUAGUGUGUUAGAUUUGAGGUCAUCUACAGUACAUGGUAGUGUAGGUCUAAAUUAAGGUUUUUAAUGUUUUAAUGUCAGGAGUGAUUUUCUUAGUGCAGAAUUUACUAGAGAGCCAUCAGGGAAGGAACUCUUCUAUUUAUCAUUCCAGAAGUGUACUUUGUUUAACUGUUUUAAAAUUAUCUUUCCUAGAAAUAUUUUGAUUUUGUCUUUUAAUGGUUUUAUAUUGGAUUAUAUUUGACAGACAGCAGAUGAAUACAGUAUAUGUGAAAAAGUACAGACCGUAGCAUAAGACCGUAUGUUCAGGUAAUAGGUAUUCUGUGUUGUUCUGGGUGAGUUAGUGAAGACUUCAGCAGAGUCACAGGUGAUGGUUUGCAUAAACACUGGGCUCUAGUCGUGCAUCUGUGUGGUGCAAAAGUGUUUUUUUUUUUUUUUAUUUUGAUAUAUUGAUAUAUUUUGUGUGUUAUUUUCUGUGUAUAUUUUUAGACUUCUUCUUCUUCUUCUUCUUCUUUUUGUAAAUGUGCUUAAUAUGGUAACAUCUAAACUAAAAAAUUCCAAAA